CUUAACAUAGAAUGUAAUAUAUAUCGUUUUGCGAAAGUAGAAGUACGUCGUUUCGAUUGUUUCGUUGAAAAUUCUAGUAAAAGCUUUAUUAACAUCACUUAUAAUUAUAAGCUGAACGAUAGCUGAAUGAUAGCUACAAUUAUAACAUCGAGCUUAUAAUUAUAGCAUAUUCAUGAAGCAAUCUUUUGAUGCGUAAGAAGAAUAAGAAAAAAUGUAUUUUUAUGAUACAGUUAAGUUGCAUUUGAACAUAAUAUAUAUUUUAUAUAUUGCAUUACAUCGUAUGUCAUAUUGUCAUGUUUGUCAUUCUGCAGAUUUUCUCUGAUGUUAUAUUUUAUAUUAAUAUAUUUUAAUAUAAUUUAUAUUUUCCGCGCAUGAAACUACACUUCGAACAUGUGAUUUGAGAAGACGACGUUUAGGGACUUUUCGAAUACCGGACGUCUGUUUAUAACAUUUAUAAACGAAAAUACAAGUCGUGUAUUCGAAUGAUAAAAGAAUCCCUCAUCCCUAUAUCGGAAUUUAUACCAUUCCCAAAUCACUUUUAAUCAUUUUGAAGCAAUUUUAUUGCCAUUUUGAUGUUACCAUAAUUUUUUGUUCUGCUUGAGAGAUCCCGGCAAACGCGGGAUGGAAUUUGAAUUUUCCGCGACAUCACGUGACGUAUCGCACCGCGUCACGUGAUACAAUUUCAAGCGAAUUACGUUGGCGAUUAGUUUUUUCGUACUUGCGACGAGCCGCGGUUGACGGGUGCUUUUGUUUCGCCUUAAGGGCGAACCAAGUGCCCUAAAUUUACUUGCUAUACGUGUGCGCGAGGUAAGGUCAUUGUGACCAUUAUCGUGUCUUAUCAUUCGCGCGUUCGUUCCGCUUCAUGCGCUCGCCCGAGAGAGUGAGCCGAGUUCGUGAUCGCAUAUGAAGAGGUUAGCGCUCGUGGACGCGACGGCGCCAAGUUCGUACAGGUAAUCGCGGGAAUUUCCAGUGGCAAACUUGUUCAAGAACGCAAUGGAAUCCUGAAUCUUCUUGAAGAAUAAUAGAGGACGAAACAAAGUCGACGAAGGCAACGAAACGGCUUCCGCAGUCCAUCGAAAUUGCUGACUCACGACGUUGGCAGGAUAGCGGUAAAUCGAACUUGUAUUGAGAAGGAUGGAUACUCCAAGCAGCGCUCUAUUACUCCACUCAUCGAUUGACAAAGAUCCAUUGACGUUGCCGCAAGGAUGCUCCGGUAUUUCGAUCUCAACGAAUUGGAUAUUGACACAUGGUAUCGUAUUGGGUCCGAUUAUCGACAAAUCCUAUGCAGUAUCGAAUUUCGUUACGAACUUGGUACCGGGAGAACUCGUAACAGUACCAAGAGAACUCACGAGCGAGUUGAAAUUUCGAGUCUAUCGUGAUUUAGGGAGCGAUAACGAUUCCCAAUCAAGUUCAUUAAAGGAACAUCACGGUACGAUUGUGGCUGCCUGGCAGUGUCCACUCUUAAAGAAGACCUUUGACGAGUUCUUCAAAACAUGGAGCUUCUCCAAGUCAUCCGAGUUCACUCGAUCAUUACGGUCGAUUUUUCUAUUCGUCCGUAUCUACAAUUCCAACGAAUCGAUCGAAGAAACGUCGCUCGAACAAGCCCUGUCUUGUUUACUGAAUCAAGUUCCGCGGAAUCUUAUCCGCGGGUCAUCCGUGAUAAUCGAGUCCACGCCCUUCGGCAAUCCCGUGUUCGCCGGUUCGAUUGCACACGGUGUUAUCAGUAACGUCGUCGGUGACGAAGGCUGUGUUAUCAUGACGGAUGCGUAUGCGUUUCCCGGUGGCGAGGGCGGUCCCGUUUACAUCAUUCCGCCGGGCAGCAAACACAGAAUUAUCAGCGGCAUGGUGAUAGCGCCAUUGAGCUGGUGUCGCGGGGAAUGGGUAGAUUACACUUUCGCCGCUAAUCUUGUGCCGUGUGUACUUAACAUUUUGCGGAAGAAGAAUCUUCGUUCGAUUACGUAUCAAGAAAAUGUAGAUGCGGCAUUAGAUAGAGGCGUCGUGCUCGUUAGAUGUGGAAUUAAUUGGGGUACGGGCGUCCUCGUGCAUAAGGAUACUGGUACAUUCCUAACAUGUUCGCACGUCGUCGCGGAGGCGCCAGAAAGGGAGAUAUCGAUCAUAAUGAGGCCGGACAAGGCCAAUUCAUGUAUCCGGGCGAAACUGUUGUACAGAACGCCAGAGAAUCAACCCUAUGACGUCGCUGUAUUGAGGGUGGACCCGCAAGAUGUGGAUCCCUCGCUGAGAUCCGUACGGUUGUCUCGUACUGCAAUUUUAAAGGGCGAGCCGGUAGUUUCCAUAGGAUUUCCGUUCUCCUCGUCCAUCCGGCCGACUAUCAGUGGUGGUAUAGUCUCCAAGACGAUGAACUGUGCACUCCUGACGACCUGUUGCGUUCAGAGCGGUACCAGCGGCGGACCGAUCAUCAACCGUGUAACCGGGGAUAUGCUGGGAAUGGUCGUAUGCAACGUCCUCUCUUCGGACGGCACCAUACUCUACCCGCGGAUGAGUUUGGCUGUGCCGGCUGCCAUACUAAGCGGGCCCCUACGGGAAUACUUGCGCACUGAUAAUCCCAAUGUGCUUCGAGCUUUCACGUGUGAUGAUGCGAUAGUACGCAAGAUUUGGGACUUCUAUCCUUUCCUACCAGCCAAACUGUGAAAGGAGGGUACGAGAUAAGAGCAUAAUUCAAGCUUUAGAUCCGCUCAAUUAAUUGCAUAAAGAAUUAACUCUUUGCUAUUCGAUCCGCGCUUUUUAUAUCGCGUCUCUGUCAUGUCAUGGACAAACGUAUCAAACUAUUUGUGUUGCUGAACGUUUGUCUCUGAACCAUGUUGGACUUGCCAAUUUCAGGCACGACACGUCGCGAGCUCAAUCUCGCGUCGAAUCUCGUUAAAUAAUGUACGCCAUUGACCGAGUUUAAUGCAAAGAGAAAGUUUUUCGUGACGUCAAAUGCGGCGAUCAGUGUGCAAAGCGACACGAGUCAACGAUCCUUCGGUACAUACGAUACA